AGGAGACAUAGUGACGUUGCGUGUGCCGACUAGCGAUUGGAUUCACACUCUUUGGAGUGGCAAUGCCCACGCGCGGGCCCGCAUCGUCGCCUGCAGGUGUGCGCAAAGGUGGUGCACUCUCACGUGCUAUUGCACGGCAGAAUGGCAAGAGGCCAGAGUCUGCAGCUCGAGCAAGGGAUUCUCCUGCCAGUGACACUGCUUCUUUCGGAGGGCGCUCCUCCCCACCUUCCGAAAAACCAGGUCCUGUUUUUCAGCCACCUUCGAGGCCGCCUAUCGGAGAGCCCAUUGGGGAAAAGACAGGGGAGAUUGGCUUGCAGAAGGCAAAAUCAGUUUCUGUGGUCCUUGAUGAACCAUCAGGAUCCCCGCAGUCACCGCAAAAGUCCCCAGAAGCGCGUCGGAUGAUGAAGCGGGCACAGACACAAGUAACGUUGCAGACUGAAGAGCCAUCUGAAGUUGCUCAGUCACCAAAGAGGGUGAGCUCCCCAAAUCAAACAGAUCUGAGAAAAAGGGCCAUGUCAGUACCUGCAGCGCCGGAAGACGCCACCAACAGUUCCCCUUUGACGGCUGACUCACUGCCGAAAGCGCCGGCAAGGAGAAAGGUUACUACAUCUGAUGUGGUAGAGCAAGCGGAAGUGGAGAAGAGUGGCCCACCAGCCAAGCAAUCGGACUUUCCGAUGCAGAGGCGGACUGCCUUGGUUGCAAUGGAAAGCAGCAUCGGCGGCGACAGCACACAAGCGAAGAUCAAGAGCUUGUUUGGGUGCGGAAAUCGGGUAGACCCCAAAGUCUGGACAGCCUGGGUGGAGAAUUUGGCGCAUUCCGGUCAGUCUCAGCCCAUGGCAGGGCACUUUCAAGAAGUCGACCAUGAGAGCAUUCGUGCCAAACAGGAGAUUGACAAAACGCACAUGGAGCUCCUAACUGAAACACACUUUUUGCAAGAUUUGCAAAAUGAGACCAAUCAGCCUUCCUCAGUGGCUGGCAAUCCAAAAGAGAGGCCCACCCGACCGAUGUCUGCGGCUUUUACUGACCGUGGGGUUCGGCUGCGGGAGGGGUUGGCCACUCGACAACUUCUUCGAAUGGAGAAGCAAAGCUACGAAGACCCUGGUCCAUCUAAGCACAAGGCAGGAUGUGGUUGCACAGCCUGCCAACCCUUUCAUGUACCUGCAGCAGGUCAGCCUACGCAUGCUUGUACUCACAACAUCGUUGCGGACCCAGUGAAAGUUAAGGUUGGAAAGCACAACUAUCCUCAGGCGCAAAGUCCUGGCGUUCGGAAAGCACUAGAAUAUGCUCAAGGAAGUUGCCAAGAUCAUGAGCUGCUAUUCCAGCAGAGCAUGACUCGGAAGGGUCGCGUCCGUGCGGAUGCAACAUCAACGGCCAACGCGGAGCAAUACCGACGCCCAAAGAUGGAGGCUAUGAUGAAAAAGUCCCCCGAGGGCGGCAAUCCAAACCUGCAAAGAUCUGAUGCUUCUUUCAUCUUAAAUCCUCGAGACACAGAUCCUCCGCAUCCACAUGACCGAAUAUGCAACACUCGGAAGGCUCGAGGAGAGUUCAAGUCAGGACCGUCAGAGGAAUGCAGGCGUUUCGCCGUCAAGUGGAAUCAGGACCUUUACAGGUUUGACGUCCUGGCUUAUGGCGGCGACGGUAUCAGACCGCUGUAUCGUGCAGGGUCUUGUCCACCAAACCAGGGCCGCAAUCCGAUCACCGGUGACGCUGGUGAGGGGCAGGACGGAUACAAGUCCCCUCGUCGAAAGACAGAACAUGAGAUGAAAGGGAGGCACACUUCUGGUCAAGGUGUCCGGAUGGUCACAAAUCAUUCAAAUCUUGAUGCUCAGGCCAAAGAGGAUCGUGAGAAUCGUUUGGCCGUCGAUGAAAACUUUGCCAAGCUUUGCAAAGCUGGAGUGGAACUUGGAUCCCACCGCAUCGCGGAGGUGUCCAAGAUCAAGGCCACACAACACCGACAGUUGUCGACCAACGUAGCCAAUGCACUGAGGUGGGACGACUGACGGUUGACAGUCUCACGUCUCAAAGUAGGCGCAGCAGAGCUGCAGCAAAGCGGCAUCCUUUGCUGUUUUUCCCUGUCCACCUGUCUGAGUCCAGAAAUGCGUAUGAUACCGGGGU